AUGUUAUUUCGUUGUUUAUAUAGAUUUCAUUACACACUACCACAAAGGAUAAGUAAAACAGCAUACUAUCUAAAAAAUAAAUAGUUUUUUGAUUAAUUGAUUGAUCAACCGAUUACAUCGCAAUAAUUUUAAGAAUUAAAAUAAUAAUUAAAAAGUAUCAAUGAAAAUGAAGCUAAAAUUGGAAUCAUAUAAAUAGCAUUAGAUAAUGGUAUAAUGAAAGAGAAGUUAGGAGAAAUAAGAGAAAUAAUGAAUUAAUAUAAGCAAUUAAUUGAAAUAAAUAAAUCAUCAUCAGAAAAAUUGUAUUAACAUGAUUUAGGUGAUUAUUAUGAAAAAGAAGCUUUAGUGUUGUUGAGAGAAUGUAAAAUGUAGGAAUCAUUUGAUCCUUUCAAAAAGGGACUUUAAUAUUUUAUAGAUUUGUCACAUGACAAAAAUGCAUACAUAAUAAGAAGAAUUGAUUAAAUUUUGGAGAGUAUGAUAAUUGUGAUUGAAGACAUGGGUUCUUUAGAAUAGGCCAGAGAGCAUAUUAAAUCAGGACUCUAAGUAAAUAUAUUAAUAAUCUUAUAGAUUUUUGAAAACUUGCUUGGGAAACAGUCAGAGAAGUAUAUUCAAUAUUUGAAUAAGUUGGCUAAUACAUAUUUACAAGUAGAUAAUCAGCAAGCUAUAAAUUUACAUAAAGAGGCACUUUAAAUCAUAGGAGAUAUGAAUGAAAAUAAUUUUUAAAUAUAUUUGAAAACAGCUAUAGAACUAAUGAUAACUUAAUUUAAUUAGAAAUUUGAUGAAAAUUUAUAUGAGACAAUUAAUAUAGGAUUACAAAAAUAUGGUAAUAUUGAUAGUGAAUUAACUGUUUAUUAUCAUAUAGUGAUGAGUCAUUUAUUUUUUGAAAAUAAAAACUAUCAAAAAUAAGAGUUUCAUUUAUAAGAAGCAUUUAAGGUAUAUCUGAGUGAAAAAUCCAGCUUAUUAAUGAAUAUCAUUUCAUAAAAAUCUUUGAUAUUGAAAAGUGAACAUAGAUUUGAUUUUUUCAAUAUGUUGAUUACUGAACUAGAUAAAGAAUUUUAGAAUGUUCUAGAAUUACAAUAUUAUAAAUGUAAACUAAUUUAUGAAAUAAAUAAAUAGAAAGGAAUAAAUGAAUUUAAAGGCAUUGUAAUAAUUUUUAUUAAAUUUUCAAUUAGUAAACCAGAUUGUACAACUAAAAAUUGACCUAAUAUAUUGUUGAUUUUACAUAAUAACUGGUCUAAGAUGGAUUUAAAGAAGAGGCUAUAAAAAUAAUUAAAGAAUAUCCUGAAUAUGAUCAUUUACUAAAAGCUUGGAGUUAAAAAUGA